GUUUCUCAGCGUUAUCGUAACGUUCUCUCUCACAUCCCGUUCGCGGUUUAGGUUGCCACUUCAGGCUGCGGCCGACAUUAACGUUACACGUAAAAUUGUUCGUAAAAGUCGUAUUGUUUUGGGGAUAAUGACAUGGCUGGAUAGCUAGCUUGUCUUGUUGUUCAACAUACUGUCAAAUUAUUUUUACUGAUUCAGAUUGCCGCAACGUUAGCUAGCCCCUCCUGUGACCUCAGCACUGUGCAAAGUAACGUUAACUUAUUAGUUCCAUAAGUUGGUCACACAGCGUUCCCUACAUAGCUACAUCUAAAGAAAAACCUUUUAUCUUAUUUCUGUCACCUGUUGUCCAGCAACGAUGUGCAGCGAUGUCCGCAAUCUAGCUAGCUACGCGAAAUGUUGAAGUGUUUAACCAAAUUUCAGCGGAAUGUUUAGCUACGUAACUAGCGUCUAGCUAAUAACGUAGAGAAGAAGCAGUACGGAUGCAACGGCACGGACUGGGCAGAGGUUACAGCCGUAAACGUACCCAGGCAAACAUUUUAUUAUCCUGGGCAGAGUAUCUGUGGGACCACGCAAAUGUAUUUUAAGAUACUGAAUAACUGGAAACGAAAUAGAAUUUGAUUUUAAGUUUUCCGUUAGGAAUCCAAUGUGUGUACGAAGUUCUGAGGUCGCAAAUUGGGAAAAGUUAAACAUCAACCACAACAACACAAACGGUGUUGUUUAGCUAGCUAGGUGAGCAAUUCUUAAAGUCAAUGGUUUGAUGAGGCAUCAACGAAGGGGUGAUGUUUUAUUACACUUAGUAAAGACGCUGUCAUAGCUAGAUAUAUCUAUGAGACGCUGCGACGAAAGGAAAGUCAGCCGUUUGUCAGGUGGAACCAAAGAAAGACGUUCAGAGUGGAUGGGAGGACGGAUUUUACCAACGUACGCGUGCCCGUGGAGGAUAUUUUAAAGAAACUCAACAGUAAUAAUACAUGUAAUUGGACAUGUCGAAGUAAAAUAGAUAUCCGAAUGUCUAAAUAUAUGUUCACAAUACAGCAGUCUUGCAGUGCGUGGAGGAUAAUUUGCUUCAAAACUCCAAAGCCAACACCGACAGCUCUGUGGUGGUCUGUUAACUGUCACACGUCGGGUCCCGAGGCGGUUUUAGGAGCCCCCCAUAACCAGGUAACAGAAAGGCGCAGAAAAGAAAGAUCUUCAUGUCAGCUAGUACUGGAGCGCUUUGACCAGCAGUACAGUCAGGAACUUGGAGACCUGUGGCCUUCUGCAAGAGAAGUGCUCCUGGACCCUCACUCUUGGCAGUAUGGGGUCAUGCUCAACCGCUUCACCACUGUGACAGGCAUCACACAGAUUCUCCAAUCACAGGGCUUUUCCACAUUGCUGCCGUGUGCUGCAGUGUCUAAAUACCAAGCAGGCUAUCUGUUGCCACCUGCCUACAUCUCCAAGUGCCCUCCUAAUGACUCCCAUCUCCAACCUGACAGCACCUCUCAUGAGCUCUGUCAAGACCUUCAGUCAGAGCCUUCUCUUAGUUUGCCCCGUCCUACAUUACAAUGUUACAUCCAUCCAUAUCCACUGCGGUUUCCCUCUCAGGCUCACAGGCCUGGCCAGCUGAAGCAGUACUACCUCCUGAAUGCUGCCUCCCUGCUUCCAGUGCUGGCUUUGCAAGUCAGAGAUGGGGAGAAGGUUUUGGAUCUUUGCUCUGCCCCUGGGGGCAAAGCUUUAGCCAUAACACAGUGUGCCACCCCAGCACUUCUCUGCUGUAAUGAACCCGACUCUCACAGACGGGACUGGCUGGCCAAAACCCUGGAGUCUUUUCUGCCUCAGUCACUAAUCAGCAGAGUGAUUGUGUCGGCACAGGAUGGACGGUCUUUUGGGCAAAGUGAAGCAGGAACAUAUGACAAGGUUUUAGUCGAUGCUCCAUGUUCUAACGACAGGAGCUGGUUGUAUUCUUGCAGCAGCCAGCAGGGGGAACAGAGACUGAAGGAAAGAGCCAGGCUGCCUGCACUCCAGGCUCAACUGCUUAGGUCUGCGCUGUCAGCGGUGCGUCCAGGGGGCACUGUGGUCUAUUCAACUUGCACUCUGUCCAGCUCUGAGAACUGUGCUGUGGUUGAGACAGUGCUGAAUGACUGUCCAGAGGCGGAUCCCGAAGACCUGUGGGAGGAGAUUGCCAUUCCUUUAGCAAAAUACUUUACAUUUAGCCCUGCUCACCCUGGUCAUGGACAAAAACCUCACAAGCCAUCCCUGCAGCCACAGAAAGGCACUUUGUCCUCUUAUCGCCACAGACUCGGCAUUUUAGUCGUUCCUCAGCCCGGCAAGACCUGGGGGCCCAUGUUUUUGUCUCGGAUCAGAAGAAGGAAAUAGUGUGUAUCCUCCUGUGCGGAAAAGAUGUUUGGAAACAAGUGGCUAAACAUACACAUUGGCUUUGUACAACAUUUGUCAUCUAUGGGUUUUUUAAGAUGCAAAGUAUCUUAUGGAACUGGCAUGUAACUCACUCACACAAACUGACAAACCUACAAAUUCACAUUUGAUAUACCAGUGUUGUGUUAACAACUUUUUUUUUCUGCUGCCCCCAAAUGGCAAAAACAAUCAAUAAUCGUAGGUUUUAUUGUGUUUUUUUUAGCCUCUGCAACCCACCCCUUUUUUAUUUAUUCUUAUGAUUUAUCGUUUAUGGCAACUAUAGAAACUACUGACACUGCACAUGUACGAUUCAAUGAUAUUGACUGAAUUUUUUUUUUUAAGUGCUUCACAUUUAUAACAGUGUGUCCUCAUGGUAUAAUAAAAUUGAUAAUACUAUAAGACUGCAAUAUACUGCGAUGCAAGAUUUUAAUAUUAAAAAUGAAUUCA